CCACGCCCCGUCUUCUUCCCGGUCCCGGGCGGCCGGGCCCCAGGUCCGGGAGCGUACAGCGCAGCAGGAGCCCGCCGCACGCCGCCGUCCUACUCCGGUACUCCCUACUCCUGCAAUCCUGCUCCACACCUCGCCCGCCUAUCCCUCGUCUCCCCACCCAGUCACCUCACGGCCAUCCGUCCAUGCUCCACCACCAGCAGCCAGCCGUUCCGACAAGCUCCAAUCAUAAGAUAGGAGGCACCACCCUCGGCAAGGAGGAGGGACAGCUCACGCGCGCUGCCUGCCCGGCACUGGACUCGAGCGGAUCGACACAUACACGCACGACGUAGACGAUACACAACAACAGUACGCGGGGCGGGGGCGCACUGACACACGCCCGCCCCAUCAUCCCUGUCCCCCGUCCGUCCAUCUCCCCACUCGUGCGAGAUAGCGAUGCUCCUGAGCAGAAGCUCCAAAGCCUCAUGAUGGCAGCACCGGCCAGAGCCGGCAUUCGCAGCAGCUGAUCGACCGAGAUCGGACAGGCACGCCAGGCAGCUCAUCAAUGGGACGAGCAGGAGGAGGAAGCAAGAAGAAUCCUGGGAGCUCGCGAUGCCGAGGUGGGGGGACGCGGAGGAAGGAGCAGCUGCUGACGAGGCUAUCGCGGCGGCAGCGGCAGUGAGGCUGGCCAACAAGAUCCGGAAGCGCCGCGCGGUGUCGUCGUCGGGGGGCUCGGACCCGGCGGCCGGGAGGCGGCUACGGUCCAGGAGGCCCGCGGUGCUGCUGCCGCGGCGCCGGACCAGCGCGGGCGGGGACAUGUCGGAGUCGUCCCGUGGCCGGCAUUGCCGCGGAGGCGGUACCCGCCUCGCCGACGGGACAUGGCCGUCCGCGUCGGCGAGGAGGCUCGUCGACGCGUUCUGGCAGGAUAUGGACAGCGACCUGCUUGAAGGGGAUGCGGCGGCGGCGGCGGCGCGCCGGAGCUUGGUUCAGUGGAGCGGCGCCUCCACGGAGUUGUCCCAGAGAUCGAGAAGCAAGAGCAAGAUCUUGGAGGCUGAUGGCAAGGGAAGUCGGCGCAACGGCCAUGCCCGGUGGCUUUCGGCAGAUAUGACGAGCAACGGCCAUGCCCGGUGGCUUUCGGCAGAUAUGACGAGCAACGGCAGCGGAAUGGAGGUUGGUAAAUUCUCCCAAGACGAUGUUUCAAGAUGUCCUGAGAAAACAGUGAACCUACAGGAUCUUCAGAACAGCUUGAUUGCAUCUAAGGAGCUUGUAAAAGUACUUGCCCACAUAUGGGGACCUGGAGAACUGAAUCCGUCUAGUGUAUCACUCAUCUCUGCUCUACGUUCAGAGCUUGAUGUUGCCCGUUCUCAUGUUAGAAAGCUAAUAAAAGAAAAGAAGUCUAAUCCCUAUGAAAUUGAGGACUUAAAGAAGCAACUUGCAGAAGAAAUGGAAUCGUGGAAGGUCAAACAAAAGGAGAAGGUUGCAAAUGCUCUCCAAUUUAUAGUUUCAGAGCUAGACACUGAGAAGAAGUCAAGGAAAAGAGCAGAGAAGACAAAUAAGAAGUUGAGUGUUGCCUUAGCCAACACUGAAGCCUCACUGCAGGCAGUGACGAAAGAACUUGAAAGGGAGAGGAAAUCUAAAGGAAGAGUUGAGAAGAUCUGCAACGAGCUCAUCAAAGGCAUUGACGAGGACAAAGCUGAGGUGGAGGCACUGAAGAGAGAAACCGAGAAGGCACAAGAAGAGCUCCAGAAAGAGCGUGAAAUGCUUCAACUUGCAGACGAGUGGCGUGAACAAAGGGUUCAGAUGAAGCUGCUAGAAGCACGGCUUCAGUUUGAGGAGAAAAAUGCAGCUGUUAAUCAGCUGCGCGAUGAACUCCAAGCUUAUCUGGAUACUAGGAAAGAGCAGGAACCAAUGAACGAUCCAAUGCAACUGUCCCAUGCGUCUGAAAAUGGCGCCACCGCAGCUGAUGAUGUAGUCCCUGACAGAAAUGGUGGAAACUUCAGCGAAGACGACGCAUCGGAAGGCAGUGACAUACACUCGAUUGAGCUGAACGUCGAUGGCGUCAACAGGACCUACACCUGGAGCUACACUCCUUCCUCGAAAGGCAGGCAGAGGAGCGCAUCGAGGCAUGAAUCGUUUUCGGAUAGAGGGAUGGACGGCGUGAACUCGUGGCGUUUAGAGCAAAGCUUUCGGGGCAUGGAUGAGGAGCUGGAGGGAGACUGGGCAGAAGGGUGUAGCAACGGAAUACUGACCAUGGAUCACGACGAGGAGAGGUAUCUGGCAAUCAAGAAUCUCAGAGAGCAGAUGCUGGCCGGGUCAGGGUUCAUCCUAUCACAAGGUAGAGAAAAUGCUGAAAGAGAGUGUUGUGGCUUGUAAGAUAAACUGCAUAUGAAGAGAAUUUUAAAGUAAUGUGUCAUAUGGGUCGCUGUUUGAUGCUAAGAUCCAGCUGUUCGAGAAUUUUAAAGUUAUGUUCCAUGAUUCUGAGGUUUUGUA